AGGUGGCAUGAAACGUCCUGUUCGUAAGCAUAUACAUAAGGAAUGCUCUUGGCACACCUUGAUAAGUUACUUUGGCCUAAACAUCGAUUGCCUCUUGUAAAAACCUAAAUGGCAGCUCAGAAAAGGAAGUCUAUGUUAGUAGAGCCUUCUGCUAAACGUCCAAAGCUGGACAAGAACAGCAAACAGUCAUCGGUGAAGAAGGAAAAAGAGGUGUCAGAUACAAAACAUGUCUCAAAUAAAUCAAAGUCUAAUCAGUGUGCAGUGCAGGAGAAAACUGUACUCAAAACCUCUGUCAAAUCAAACAGUGGCAACGCCAGUGAGCCUGAAGUAGGAACGCGCAUGACUACAAGAUCGUCAGGAUUCAACUUGAAUAAUAGAACAAUACCUGACAAGAAGGUCCAAGAGCAACCUAAAUCUACAAAAAAUAAGGAGGUAUGCCAGAAAAAAUCUGUUCAAGAAAUUCCUAAGUCAAAAUGCAUAAUUGCGCCAAAUGAGCCAGUAAUGAGGAGAUCACAGAGACUGCAGCAGUUAACACAUGUACAUGUACCAGCAAGAUCCCUGCGCAACAGAGAAGUUAAAGAAGAAAAAGUUUUGGAAGUUAAACAAAGUAGCCAGGCAAAAAGACACACUCACAGUGUUGCAACAAAAGUACUUAAAUCUGCUGGAGAGAAGACGGAACAGAAAAACACAAAAAUAAAGCCAAGCAAUACAAGUGAGGAUAAAGAAAUACACGUAGAAGUGACCAGCUCUCUGAAAGAGAAAAAAUGUAAAGCAGACAAUAAAAAUGAUAAUUCCAACAGCUUUCAACACAACCUUCAAGGGUCAUCGUUAUAUCCUGAUGGGAGUCUUGAGGAAGUUAAGAAAGACCAAACCAGCCCUGUAUGUCCUAUUCCUAGCAACGCAACGAAAGUGGAAACAGAUUCUCUUAAGCCAAGUUCUAAGACAGUAACUAAGGAAAAGCAACAAACGCAUCAGAACAUAAAAACCAGUACAAAACCAAAAAAGAUUUCACAGCCAUCUGUAAGUGAAACAAAUGUGGCUGAUCAGCCAGAGAGUGAUGCGAAAUCCAAAAGGGUAAGCAUCCUUGAACUUUGUGAAGAAAUUGCAGGUGAGAUUGAGUCAGAUACAGUAGAGGUGAAAAAAGAUUCCCCUAACGCAGAGUAUAGCAAAACAGAAGAAAAGCAUGCCAACAUACAGCUUCAACAAAGUGAAAUGCUUACUCAGAAAGAACCCAGUCAAAGUACUCAAUGCAAACGUUUUUUCCCUAGCAAAAAAGCAAUGCCUGUCAAAUGCACUCUCAAUGGUAGAAAUAAUUCCUCAAACAAAAACUCUAAAUGGACCAAAAUUAAAUUACUGAAAGCUAGUAACAUGAAACAAAGUAACUUAAAUUCUGCAAAUGCCCCCAAGCUUGCUUUGUUGAAAGAUUACCCUGAAGUUUCAGAGGCAAAUCAAAUAGCUACAGAAGCAGAGCUUUUGAAGGCAGAAGACAAGCUGUCAAUAACAAGACUCUCUGAGAAUGAAAGUACAACUUGUGUGCAGGAGAAAUCCAAUGCUUCAUCUGAAGGAGCAGGAGCUAAAGAAGUGACAUUAGAAAUAAAACAGCCCACAAAGAGAGGUGCAGAAAAUGGUGUGUUGCGUAAUUUGACAAAACAUUUCUGUGAGCCAAGACCAGAUGAGAACUUUCGAUUACAUUUGGAAUCAAGUCCAGAAAGUUCUCCAGUAAAGUAUGUUACAGCUCCUAAACCACCAAAACAAUUAAAAAAAGAACCCGGAGAAAGUGAACCUCAAGGUUUGGCUCCCAAGCAGUUGACGCAAACUUCAUUUACAAAUCAAACUUCUGAAACUGAGAACAGGGUUCCAUUGUCAAAUCCUUCAUUAGCAUCAAAAUGCAGUAACUUCCUACCAUCUGAGGAACACAUUCAGAAGCUAAAAGAAGCAGGAAAAGAUGGUGAUAAGCAGCUGAUCAUAGAUGCGGGACAGAAGAGAUUUGGUGCUAUUUCCUGUAAUAUUUGUGGAAUGCUUUACACUGCGUCAAAUCCAGAGGAUGAAACCCAACAUCUGCUCUUUCAUAACCAGUUCAUAAGUGCUGUAAAAUAUGUGGGUUGGAAAAAGGAGAGAAUUUUGGCUGAAUAUCCUGAUGGAAAAAUAAUAAUGGUUCUUCCUGAUGACCCAAAGUAUGCACUUAAAAAGGUUGAAGAAAUUAGAGAAAUGGUAGACAAUGACUUGGGAUUUCAGCAAGCUCCGCUCAUGUGUUACUCUAGAACUAAAACCCUCCUUUUUAUUUCCAACGACAAAAAAGUUAUCGGCUGUUUAAUUGCAGAACAUAUCCAGUGGGGCUACAGAGUUAUAGAAGAGAAGGUUCCAGAAGUCAGUUCAGAAAACGAGAAAGUCAUAUUUGAAAGACAGAAAGCAUGGUGCUGUUCAACUUCUCCAGAACCUGCUAUUUGUGGGAUUAGUCGAAUAUGGGUAUUCAGCAUGAUGCGUCGAAAGAAGAUUGCUUCUCGGAUGAUAGAGUGUCUUAGGAGCAACUUCAUUUAUGGCUCAUACUUAAGUAAAGAAGAAAUUGCUUUCUCUGACCCCACACCUGAUGGAAAACUCUUUGCAACGCAGUACUGUGGCACCGGCCAGUUCCUGGUGUACAACUUCCUCAAUGGACAGCACCAGACUUAACUGCUCCCGAAGGAAUUCCAAUUUUAUUGGGAGACUUCUGCCAGAACGCACGGAGCAGGUGCAGACCUUCAGCAGAAGCCAGGGCCAUUUUUAUUACAGUGAACUCAGGACUGGUAACAACCGAAAGGUUGUACUAUUUUAUUAAAAUUGUAAACAAUGCAGUAAUAGGCUAACUUUUGGUUUUUUUAAAAGAAAGAUAUUUUAUUAACUUUUACAAAAGUUUGAUUGUAUUUUAUCUAGUUAGUCAUGUUUACAUGCAGCAGAAAAUUGUUCAUAGUGGACUGUAAGCUAUUGCAAAGACUCUGGUCUGACUGAUGAGUAUGUGCUGAAGUUCUUAAUGUGGUGAUAUACCGGUGCU